CGAGAGCUGCGCUCCAUUCCUCUCCCUCCCCGAUAGGACCACCAGAGGAGAUGGAUCUAUGGUGCUGAGAACACAACAACGAAAGAAAAGAAGAGGACAGUGACAUAAUAACUGGGAGAAAUAGAAUAUAAGAGGAGAUGGAGUGAAGAGGGGAAUCUGGGGCAGAUACACAUUAGUGAUACACAUUAACAUCGGCAGGCUGGAGCAAGAGAACGUAAAAAAGGUUUGGAGAAAAAUACAAAAGAAGAAGCCAGAGAGCGGAGCGAGGUGAAGGAUGACAGAGCAGCUUGCCCCGUCCUGAGAUCACCUCCUCCUCCCUCUCCUCACCCCUCCUCUGACGCCAUCACCCCCCCCCCCAUCACUCUCCUCCCUCACCCUCUCCUCCCUCUCUCUCUCUGUGGUUAAACUAGACUUCAUGACCAGUCCUGACCAGAUUCUACUCCCAUCGCAACCCUCUGGAAUCUCUCUCAGCGUUCUGACUCUGGCAGUCUAUUGACCACGUUCAGAUAUUCUCUCCAGGAGAAGACAGGAAGGAUUUAGAAGAAGGGGGAAGUUUGUGUUUUUCUGGACAACUAACGAGUCUCUGCCAUCUCUUUUCUGUAAGGACUGACCUUUCCUUUCAGAAGGAAGGACCUACGACAUCCACAAGACAUUUUCAGAACAACACUUUAACACGGAAAGAAGACAUUUUAACGAGGAGGACAUUUUAACGAGGAGGACAUUUUAACGAGGAGGACAUUUUAACACCAACAGAGCAUUUCAACAAAAGAUCAAGACAUUUUUUAAGAUUCUCACAGACCGUCUCUGUUUAAUUUUUUGCAACUCUCUGUUCAUUCACUUCUCUUGGACUCUCUGUCCUGUACAUUUCUCUGAGAGUGUCAGUCGGUCCAUCCAGCCCAGCAAUGCAGGUGUCUAUAGCGUGUACGGACCCCCACAUGAAACGUGGAAAUGGGGACCACAAGAAUACCUCCAGCCCGGGCAAUGCAGCCCGGGCCAAGUUCAGAACUGUGGCCAUCAUAGCACGCAGCUUUGGGGCGUUCGCACCCCGACACCACAUCUCCCUCAAAGAGUCCACGGGGAAACUGACCGGCAUGAAAUACAGGAACCUGGGGAAAUCUGGACUUAGAGUGUCGUGCUUGGGACUGGGUACCUGGGUAACGUUUGGUGGUCAGAUUACAGACGAGGAGGCGUACUCUGUGACCAGACAGUUUAACCUGAUCCCCCUCCCUCUCUCUCUCUCCCUCUCUCUCCAGGAGGCGUACUCUGUGGCCAGACAGUUUAACCUGAUCCCUCCGGUGUGUGAGCAGGCUGAGUACCAUCUCUUCCAGAGGGAGAAGGUGGAGGUCCAGCUUCCAGAACUCUACCACAAGAUAGGUGUCGGGGCGAUGACGUGGUCUCCGCUGGCCUGUGGCAUCAUCACGGGGAAGUACCAGAACGGCAUCCCAGAAACCUCCAGGGCAUCCAUGAAGUCGUAUCAGUGGUUAAAGGAGAAGAUAGUGAGUGAGGAUGGGAGGAAACAGCAGGCGAAGCUGAAGGAGCUGGGACACAUCGCUGAGAAGCUGGGCUGUACUCUCCCACAGCUGGCCGUGGCCUGGUGUUUGAGGAACGAAGGGGUGAGUUCAGUCCUCCUGGGAUCCUCCAGUCCAGAGCAGCUAACAGAGAACCUGGGUUCCAUACAGUUCCUUCCAAAAAUGACGUCUCAUGUGGUGUCGGACAUCGAUCACAUACUGGGGAACAAGCCGUACAGUAAGAAGGAGUAUCGCUCCUAGACACCCAGGAGGAAGCAGAACCACUACUGUACAACCACUGUGGAUCCAGUUCCACCAACCAUCUGGGCUCAGCCUCCAUGGGGUUUCAGCUCAGUCUAAUCCCAGCCUAGUUCAGGCCUGCUCUGCUCAGCCCCAGCUUUCUUAGCCCAGUGUAACCAAGCUUAGUUCAGCCUAACCAAGCUCACCCUCUGCCUAGGCCAGCUUUCAGCCCAGCUUUCAGCUCAGCUUACUCUUAUCAGUAGAUUCUCUGACUCCUGAGUUUAUUAACCAUGUAGAUGCAUGCUUCCCCUCUCUGGUGUGCCUGGACUUUCUCUUCAUAAGCACAUUAUACAAAACAACACAGAAGGGGGUUAAUACUUAGAAUAUACCGUAAGCUUCUUCUACAAUUCAUUUUGAAAACAAACUCCUCUCUCCAGCCAGUCUACUGUAUUUGACACUUGUUUGACCUUUGCAAAGCAGAGCACCCUGGGACAUUAAGUUUCAGUGUCAGGGGUUUGUUGUCUGCGAGGGGUAGACUGUGCAUGUUGUCGUCCCACUCUGGUCGUAUAAGGUACUGCUAUGGAAUAUCUUCAAUAGAUUAUCUGCGAGAGAGAUAUGGAAAAUCUCAAUUGCAUUUCCUUGGGAGAAUCUCAAUCGCACACUCCUUGCAUCCUCUAUCCUCACCUCUUUCGCAAAACCCGUUGGUGGAGAAGAUCAGAGGGGAGGGACCUCUUGGGUUUCUCAUCCAAUUGGUUUUGAGGAGGAGGCGAGGAGAGAGGAUGCGAGGAAUCAAGGAAAGGCAACAGAGACUGGUCUUACAGGUGGUCUCCUGUGCUGUACUGGGUACUGUCUGUUUGCAGCCAUAGAGGAUACUCCUGCCUCUGAAUUGAACCUGCAUCGUUGAUUGCUGAUGUGAAUCAGUGAUAGCACAAGCAACUCUGUGACACGACCUCCCACCAGACCAAUGUUACCCGCUGGCAUUGCUUGUUUCAGUGAUAAUGCGAAAGUUAGGUGAAGUAUUGAGAGAAAUUAUAAAGGUAUAUAUUUAUUCUAUAAUAGUAUGUGAAAAUACAUUUCUUCUGCGUGUUUUAAAUUUUUGUCUUUCAAGGAUGUAUCUAUUAAACUUCAUGGGGAAAACCUUGUAACAUAAACAGAACCAACCUCAAGCCCCCCUUUCAUGCUGAUUCAAAUAAAGCAUCCUCUAAAUAAUCUGUAAGUAUUGUGUAAAUAGUGUUCCACUGUUUCUCCUCUGUCAGCAGAACCAUGCAUUCAUGGUCGUUUGGGCCUGAUACCAGUCCUCCUCCGCUCCUGGGUUUUACCCAUUUAGCUUAGGCUUCUUUUCUUUAAAAUAGACACAAGGUGGAUUUAACAUUUUAUAAAUAACUCAUUAUGGGAGGAAUGAACAAUGACUUGCUUCGAUGGCUUGCUUUGAUUUGAUUUGCUUGGCAGCUGGCUAAGUCCUACCACAGGAAGUGGUUAAGUCCUACCACAGGAAGUGGUUAAGUCCUACCACAGGAAGUGGUUAAGUCCUACCACAGGAGCUGGCUGGCACAUCGCUAGGGCAGCAAGUAGCCUAGUGGAUAGAGUAUCGGGCCAGUAACUGAAAGGAUGCUGGUUCAAAUACCCAAGCCAUCAAGGUGAAACAUCUGUCGAUGUGCUCUUGAGCAAGGCACUUAACCUUACUUUGGGGGGGGAGGGGCUCAUAGUAAUGGCUGGAAUGGUAUUGAACUCCAUGGGUUUGAUUUCACUCUAUUCCAGACAUUAUUAUAAGCCUUCCUCCCCCCAGCAGCCUCCUGUCACACUAUCCUGCAGAUUUUGUUUAACCUGUUCAUCAAUAUUUAGUGUUAAGUUCAUGAUAACGUCCAGCCUUCUCGCUUACAGAUGGUUGCUGUAUGUGAUGGUUUGCUUACACUUACUGGUAUCCUCUGCAUGUUGGAGCAAUCUGAAUUUACCUUCACAUCUUUAGCUCUUCCCCAAUAGGGAUUGAAUCCAGCACUAACAGAGAUCAAUAGUUAAUGAUAGACGUUAGCUAUAUUUCAAUCUGAUGACUCUCCUAUACCUACAGUUGGAAGGUGGCCAGUGAUCAGAUUGGGACCAGCCUUUUCAGUGUGCAGUGAUCCACCCUGCAGAGUGCCUUGACAUGAGCCCUGCUAACAGAACACAGGUGCCCAGCCCAAAAUUAACCCCGUCACCCUCAUCCAUUUAAUGAAAGUAUUGAAUAGGUAUAGACAACAUUAUAAUAGCUCAGAUCUACUCAAGCGCACAGAGUAAAAGCUAAGAGUGGGUUUGAGAUUUGGGUUUCCUGAGUUGUCUGUGUGUGGCAAUGGGUCUGGUCCCAUUCCCUUGACCCGAUCACCUAGCUCUGAAAGGUCGGUGUGAUCUCUGAACAUAAAGGGCUAGGGCAAGAAGCUAGUGGAUCAAAUAGAACUAGGCCGCCAGGAAUGUCACAUGAACUCCCCCAGUUCUACUGACAAUAUACACUACUGUGUUCUACACUAUGUAAGCUAACAGGCCAUUAAGUGUUUUCUACAGUACGUAAUGUUAUCAGGAGAGAAUUUACCAACUAUAUUACUGACAAACAUCAGUGUCUCUCUACCCAGAUUGAUGUUAUUUCCUAUCCUGUCAUGAGAACAGUGACCUCUGUACAUACCCUAUAUCAAUUAGUAUGACACUUCCAUUAAUAAAUGUAUAAUGCCAAUGAUGAA